CAUAUUGGCCAGACUGGUCUGGAACUCCUGACUUCAGGCCAUCUGCCUGCCUCAACCUAAAGUGCGAGCUUACAGAUGUGAGCCACCGUGCCCACCAUCGUUACCCUCUUUCAACUAGACCUCUGGCCCUCCUCCCCCUGGGGGUGGGGGGCAGGGGAGUGGGGUGGGAUCUUCCUCUGUCUCCCCAUCCCACGGAUGGCUCACAUCCCCACUUCAGCAAAGUUCCCUGCAGUCACAGAGAGGGCCAGGGUUGUGGGAAGCGGCCAGCCUAGCCAGGUGCUCUUCAGGAGUUGGGGUGGGGGGGAGUGGGGAUGGAGGCGGGGGGCUUAUGCCUAUAAUCCUAGCACUUAGAGAAGCCAGGAGUUGCAGACCAGGCUGGGCAACAUAGACUCCAUAUGGCUGUGGUGGCGUCUAUGGUCACAGCUACUCGAGAGGCUGAAGUUGGAGGAUCGCUGGAGCCCAGGAGUUGGAGGACUGCAGUGAGCAGUAUUCGCACCACUGCACUCCAGCCUGGGGGACAGAGGUAGACCCUGUCUCAGAGGGGGGAAAAAAAAAACAAACGGAUGUGAUGUACAGGUGAUCUUUUGUGUUUGGAGAUUAUCCAUUUUACCAGAACCCUGCUCAGCACCUCCUGAAGACAGACAUGAGUGUGUGUUUAGGGUCACGGAGAGAGGAGGGGACCCCAUGACUACCCUCAGCCUGGACAAGUUGAAGAGUUCCAAUCUUGGUGGCUUAGCUGGGCUUUGGCUGUGCCUGUGAGAGCCUCUAGGGAGGGUAUCCUCUUCACUCCCCUUCCCUGUUGGUGACAGCACCUAUAUACCCUUAGAAAGGGGAGUCGCAGGUCCUGCUGUGUCCCCGAAAGCAGCCAAGGGGAAGGUGGGGGGCCUCUCACUUCACUCAGCCUGAUCCCCCCAUCUGGUGCUCCUCACUGUUUCUCUUCCGCCCCAGGGAGGCCCUUGCCAACUUCGGAGGCUUCUCUAGGGGUGCACGGCUUUGCACCCUGCUCAGCUGCUGGGCUGUGCGGGUCGCUGGGGUCGGCAGGGGGCGCAUUACCGUCAGGGGUAACGUGGGGCAGAGCCCAACAUGGGUGAACCCGCUGCCGCAACCAUAUCCCUUUUCCAAAGGCGGCGGCGGCGGGGGCGAGGUGGUCGGGACACUUUUCCCAGAGGCCUGAAGGGCAGCGCACGUUUUCUCUCCUCUGGGUCGCCCUUUACCCCGCCAGCGCCCCAGUUCCCCGCGGCGCCCGGCCCCUGGCUGCGCAGACCCCUCUUCAGUCUGAAGCUGUCCGACACAGAGGAUGUCUUCCCUCGCCGCGCGGGGCCGCUCGAGGUCCCGGCCGACAGCCGCGUGUUCGUGCAGGCGACAUUGGCCCGUCCCUCCCAGCGCUGGGGCCUGGCCCUGCACCGCUGCUCAGUGACGCCGUCCUCACGCCCGGCCCCGGGGCCGGCCCUGGCGCUGCUUCGCGAGGGCUGCCCCGCCGACGCCUCGGUCGCCUUUCCGCCACCGCCACCGCCGAGCCCGGGUUCCACCCGCCCUGUGCGCUUCAGCUUCCGCCUGCGCCCAGUCUUCAACGCCUCAGUGCAGUUCCUGCACUGCCAGCUGAGCCGCUGCCGCCGCCUCCGGAGAGUCCGCCGGACACCUGCACCCCUGACUCCCCCGCCGCCAUUGCGAUGUCUGCCUCAGGACGAGGCGUGCGCCGGCGGUGGCAGCGUCGAGAGCCUGGCUGCCUACGGCCCCCACCUGCAUACGCUGACGCAGCCUAUCGUGGUCACCGUGCCGCGGCCGCCCCCCAGGCCGCCCAAGAUCAUCCCUGGCCGCGCCGUGCGCCCUGAACCUCCCGCACCGGCCCCCGCGACGCUGGAGCCCGCGCCGGUGGUGGCACUUGUGUUGGCAGCCUUUGUGUUGGGCGCCGCGCUGGCCGCCGGGCUGGGCCUCGUCUGCGCGCACUCAGCGCCCCUAGCCCCCGGCGCGCCCACGAGAGCCUCGCCCAGCGGCCCCCAUCCCAGGAGGCCCUAAAGAGGAAGGGAUGAUGCGCCCCCAACAUGACCCAGUGAUGCACCCAGCUACCGCUUCGAGACCAAGACCAACAGGACCGGACCCACCUCCCUGGACCUCGGACCCGAUGGGGCCACGACCCCUGGGCUUCUCUCCUCCCCCUGUUCCUCCCACCUGUGCUCAAAAUAAACCUCUAGACUAA